AUGACAACCAAUACCGUGGGAGAUGUUGUCAGGGUCGUCAUAACGGGCGCCAGCAGUGAGAUCGGCUUGAUUCUCAGCUACUAUAUUGCCAGAGGGGAUGUGUUCGGACCCAAUCAGCGCCUGUUUCUAGUUCUGGUGGAAAGCAGCUCGAAACUCAAACAGCUAAAAAAGGGAACAUCGGUAGAGCUGGGCAUGUGUGGCCUCCACUUGAUCCACGGACAGAAGUGCACCCACGUACUCGAUGAAGCUUUCAAAGACGCCGAUGUGAUUUUCCUCGUCUCCGGGAUCCAGUCGUCUCCGGGUCUCUCCAGAAACGACAUCAUCGGAGUCAACGCCCUUGAAUACAAA